AUGGAGACUAGAAAAAGAUCUCGAAUUGUAUACCCUCUACACACUGAAGUGAAGUUUAGCCAAGAGCAGCUGCGCACUCUCUACGAAUUUGCGGGUGGUCUGAGUGCAAUGGAGUGCUUCGUGAGAAUGAAAAAACAUCUUGGUGACCAAGCUCCAAAUCAUUCCACUUUGCCCCGAUGGAAAAGAAAAUUCGACAAUGGCGGUUUUGACGUCAGUGACACCCAGCGUGAAGGUCGUCCCAGAAUUUCCACCGAUGAGCAAGAUGUGGCCCGUGUGAAGGCCCUAAUCGAAGAGGAUCCUUGCCAAGCAAAAAGAAUGGCUGCGACCCUCAAGAUGGAUGCCACGGCUGUAUGGAGGAUCCUCACUCAAGAUCUUGGCUACACAAAAAAGCGUGCUCAAAUUUGGAAACUCGAAACUUUCAUUCUCGAAUUCAUCGCCAAAGAUGUGUGCCCGCGAAGAUACGAGCAUGCAGAUUUGCGAGAUCUUCGAUCUUAA